AUGAAAAUCAGCACAGCCAUCCUUAGCAGCUUGGUUGCCCUGGCAGUGACCCCAUCGUCAUGGGUACUUGCCCAAGAUGGCACACCCAAUAUCCCAACCACCAGCACAGCCAGCACCUACUCUUGCGAUUCCAAUACAUGCAAACUUCCUAGCUGCUUGUGUGCCUCUCAAUCUCCACCUAAUGGAUUGAAGCCUGCUGAUGUGCCUCAGUUUGUUACCAUCACAUUCGAUGACUCCAUCCAGGCAAAACUUGUCGAUACGGCACAUGCACUUCUCAACGUUCGGCAAGGCUCAUGGUAUGUUUCGAUGGAGUAUACUGAUUUCUCGCUUGUCCAGCAAUGGUACGCGAACGGACACGAAGUAGCAGAUCAUACGUUCUCUCAUGUCGGCAUAGAAAUUCAAGCAGCUCGUGCCAUGUUGAACCAAUACGCUGGUGUUCCUCUCGGAAAGAUUCAAGGUUUCCGCGCCCCGUUCUUGAAUUAUACGGCGGAUACGCUCACUGAAAUCUCCAAGCAAGGUUUCUUGUAUGAUUCAUCAGCAACGGCUGUAACUGAUGACUGCUACUGGCCAUAUACCCUUGAUAACGGCAUGGCGAACGAUUGCUGGACUGGUGUCUGCUCGGCCGGUGUAAAACUUCCAGGUGUUUGGGAGAUCCCUAUGUAUGCUGUACUUGACAACGCCAACACACCCCAAUUGAUGGAUGUCUACCUUGCUGGAUCCAGCGCCGAUGUUGCCACCUGGACUUCAACUAACUUCGAAAGACACUACAACGGAAACCGCCAGCCAUUCGGCAUCUAUGUCCACCCGACUCAUCUCACGACGUUCCCUGGUGUGCCACAGACACCUGGCUCUGAAGAUCCAGAAGUGAUGAAGAAGGCUGUUGUCGAUGCUAUCCAGUCUAUCACAUCCAAGCCGGAUGUAUGGGUCGUCUCCAAUGCUCAAUUAUUAGAAUGGAUGAAGAACCCGGUCCCUGCCAGCCAACUUGCAGAGCAGAGCUACAUGAAGUGCGAUCUCCCCAACACCGGCAAGGAGAUCUGUAAUGGUCUUCAGAACAUCACUGUCGCCGGAGUCACUGGUGUUGUAUCAUCCGCUUUGACUAAUAACUGUAACUUUAAUACUACCAAUUGGGGCACUUGCUUUAACUGCCCAAGCACUGUCCCAUCUUUGGAUAAUCCCACACCUCCUGCCGCUGUUCAAUCGACCGAUCCAUCUUACCGCCAUCCUGUUCCUGAUAACUGUGAUAGUAUUUGGUGGGAUCCUGUUGCCGGCCAAUGUUUGUGCACUCAAGAUAGCUGUGCUUAUAAGGAUACUGCCGUACCUGUCAACAAUACCAAGGACGGUGGAAGCAGCGAUAGCAACGGCAGCAAUGAUGGUGGCAGCGCAGCGGUCGCCGUCUCUCCGAUGGUAUCCUUAGCAGUUAUCGGCAGUGCUGUUGCCGGUGCUCUUUCUCUCCACCUUUAG